AGGACAUCAGUCAGUCACUAGACACAGCAGAGACAGUGUUUGCUUUUUUCACCAUUUUGGAUCCAAACCGUGUCAAAAUGUGCAAGCUCACUCUAACUGCAGCUCUCUGUUUGAUCAUCGCCUGCUUGGGUUUACCUGGCAUUGAAGCACAAUAUGCACCUCAAGGCCCCUGUGCUGGAAAACCCGAUGGGCUAUACCCCAACCCUAGUGACGAACAUUCUUUCUUCUACUGUGUAGCUGGACAAGCAAUUCUUAAACAAUGCGCUGCAAAUUUGGUCUAUAACCCAGCCAUUAAGGGUUGUGACUAUCCCAAAUUUGCAUUCUUCUGCGUUGGAAAACGCGAUGGGCAAUACCCCAACCCUAGUGACCAACAUUCUUUCUUCUACUGUGUAGCUGGAAAAGCAUUUCUCAGACAAUGCCCAGCCAAUUUGGUCUAUAACUCAGCCAUUAAGGUGUGUGCCUAUCCCAAUAGUCCAGUCAACAAGGCAAACGACUGCUAUGGAAGAAAAGAUGGGCAGUACACCAACCCUAGAGACCAGCAUUCUUUUCUCAGCUGCGUAGCUGGACUAACCUACAUCAUGCAAUGCCCAGCAAAUUUGGUCUAUGUAGAAGCCAAGAAUUGGUGCGACUAUCCCAAUCAGCACUAUUACUAGUACAGAUGAUGGAGGCCAAUGUAGUAGAAGAAGAAAUGGGCAAUACCCCAAGCCUGAUAAUCACCAUUCUUCUUGGCUCCUUCUACCACAUUCGCAUCACUCAUACCCAACACCUCCACCACUAUAACCUCCAAACCCAAAGCAAGUCAUUGGGACAUAAUCAAAUUGUGUAAAAUGUUCAAUUUCCUCUGUUUCUUCAAUGAUUUUGGAUGUGAGAAAUGUAAUAGUGGUUAAAUAUCACAUUCUUUUCUCAAUUUCAUUGUUGUGUGUAUAAUCACAUUGGGUGCUUUCUCUUUCGUUUAUGUUUAGCCAUUGGUGAAUAGAUUGGUCUUACAUUAUGACACAAAUGUGACGUAUUGUAAUUAUAUUCAUGUGAUCUCAGUCUAAAUUGAAUUCCAUCAUAAUUAUGAAACAAUGAAUCAAUAAAAUACUGCA